AAAAAAAGAAAAGGGAAAAAAAAACCUGCCCUUUGUGCAGCAAGGGCUGAGUAGGAAAGUGAUUUACGAUCACUUGAACUCACCAAAAGAGCAGGCUGCCUCGACACAAAUAGGCACAACUGACCACUGUGCGCCGCUGCCACUGUGAAGUGCAUGUGUGCCGGCCUCAGAGAGACCAACAGCGACACCAGGCUUCUCCUUCUGGUGAUGAGAGCAGACGUCAGACUGCCCCAUGAAUAUUGAUGUGGAGGAUUGUCUGUGUCACAGAAGAACAGAAGGAAGCAAGAUGGCUGCCCUUUAGGAUUUGUUAAAGAGGAGACCCAGACGGUUUUUUUUCUGGAAUUUUGCAAAGUGGAGGGACACAAAACAGAGGACUCUCGGAGGGCAGCCUUGUGGAUGGACUCAGCGCUGGCCAGAUGGAAACAGAAAAGGCUGGUCAGGAGACAGAAGAAGGAUUGACACCAGCACCACCCAAUGCUGUUCACCAGAGCGAAAACCUGAUCGGCAAGUUGCAGAAUGGAAGCCAAUCGCCGGUCGCCUUCCCUCAGCAGACCAAUGGGGAUGUGGACUGCAACCCCUUCAAACCCAACGAGGGGGUCAACCCAGUGAAGAGUCAUGGGGAAAAGUGUCCCAGCCCGGCCGGAAUGCAGGACCUACACCCGAGAAAUGGAGGGAUGAAGCACGCACUGAGUGAACCAUCACUACUGGGAUUUUACCAGUCAAAGAAACUCAGACUGGACCCAGAGAUCAAUGGGCAGGAUGAUAGUGUAACUCCUUCAAGGGAAACUGCAAAAUCCGACAGUACGGCGAGCAAACUGGACAGUUUUCCAGACCUUGCAAAGCCUUCAGCAUUAGAGGGUGAUGGCUUGCAGACGCAGAAACUGGAUAAUAACAAGUGCAACUUCUCCGAUGAGGACCUUUAUUCACUUCCAAGGAACAAGAAGCUAGCCUUCACUAAUGGUGCUAUAGUGAACUCUCCUUCCAUGGAAGACAUGCACAGCGACCUCUUAGAGAAAACACUGUCUCAGUAUUACCCAGACCAUAUUUCUGUUGCUUCACAGAACACAUGUAAAGAUGAUUCAUCCAAGAACCCAGUUUCAAAUGACAUGCCUGAAGAGAACACGGAUUCCCCAAUACUGAGCUCAGGUUUGCCAGUUUCAUCCCCAAACUCUUUAUCCGGGCAGCAAGAAAAAACACGCUCAGAAGAGUACAGUGGCGAUGGUCAUGCCACAUUGGGUACAGAUGAGGAACAGCCACAAGGACAGAGGUUCCCUCUCAAAGAUGCCCUGAUGCCACAGGACCCCUGCUCACGUGUUGAUGAGGGGUCACAACCUGUGAGCCCUGCAGACAGCGGAAAUGGUCAAAACAGCCCUGGAGGGUCCUCAAAGGCCUUGAUUAUGAACCCUCACUCAGAUGAGGCGGUAGCUGAAAAAUCCCGCACCAGAAGUCCCCUUCAGACCCAGGAGAGUGAAAGAGUUAGUCACUUUACUAAUGAUAAUACGGAGGCAGUUGUGGAAGAUAAGGAUCCAGACCUUAGUAACUCUUCCAAGGUGCUUAAUCCAAAUCUGAACUCCCAGUUGAGUCCAGAAAAGGUACAAGUUGAUGUUGAGCAACAAACCCAAGUGGUGGACACACCAGAAAACUACAGUCAAGAGGGCACUCCUGGUCCAGGAAGUUCAAAUCCUGUAGAGUUAAGUGAAGGUCCUCCAAAUCAACAACCUGAGAAUCAUUUAACAGAAUAUCAUGCAAAAGGCAAAAAUGAAACAGAUGAUCAGGUUACUUUUGAAGGGGAGGCUGAGGAAAUGUUACAACAAACAGAUCCUUAUCCUGAGGUGAACUGGACUGACCCAAAUUCUUCCCAGCCUUCCAGAGAAAUGGGCCUGACACAAGCAGAGCCUGAACAACAGGCAGAUGUUCAGAGUCAGAGCCAGAUGCAGAACCUGGGCCCCAUGCAAGGAUUUCAAAAGCAGGAUUCAAAUCAAUCUAGCUUUCAGCAACAGGAAAAAGAGACGCCAAAUCUGUACAAACCUGAGCUGGCACCAGGUCAAGUUGGCUGCAGCAGUAUGCCAGAAUCGCAGCAACUAUAUCCAGAACCCUCCCAAAUUCCAACUCCACACAAAGAGCUUAUACAGAGUAAUAAAUCACAACCUCUUUCCCAACAGUAUGGUAUUCCUCAACAUCAAGUUGAAAAUCAGUUCCACACUCAAAUGCAGCACGAGCAUUCAUUGGAAGGCACCCAGGACAUUGAGCAGAUUCUGGAAUCUGGGUACUCACACCAGCAGCCAAUGCCCACUCCUCAGUCUGAAAGUCAAAUUGUAAGCAAUGCACUCCAGCAUCCUCCAUCCCAGAAUUUGCAAAGUAUGGGAGAGCCUAAAGAUCAGUUGCAAGAUUCCUCAGAGAGGCAGCUGAACUGUCAAGUUUUGAACAGAUUCAAGCUGGAAGAGGACAUGAGGCUCGAAAGAGAGCUGAAGUCAUCCAACAGCAAACCUCAGAACCACCAAGUGCAACAUCAAACUGGACUAAACGCAACUGCCAGAGCCUCUCCUGGGUUUUUAGACUCUUCGAUGCCUGAAGUACAAACUCAACAAGAUGCUAUGUUUCCAUAUAGCCACUCAGAGGUCCAUGAGGACUGUGGGAUGAAAACAACAGCAAAGAUUCCACAGCUCCAGUAUUCUCAGAGCACAGUCACUCAAAAGCAAUACUCACAACAGCAUUUCAUUCAACCAAAAUUGAACCACAUGGAGUUCCCACAGCCACCCCCACCACCGAUGUAUCAACCAUCUCAGGUUUCACAAGGUGCUUGCAACCAACAGCCAUCAGUGCAGAUGUAUCCAACAUCAGAAUCACAAAAAAUGUUUGGGGCACAGUUACAUCAAGGGCACCUUCAAAACCAAAAUAACAGAGAGUUUCAGAGGUAUGCUGCUCUGCGAAUGCACCUGUUGCAGAAGCAGGAAAAGCAAGGGCACCAGCAAAAUCUCGAUGACUUUAAGCACAUACUGCAGGCUAUCGAGCGCGAGCGUGGCUCAAGAGCUGAACCUCAGCCAGGGAAAGAACCGUCAACCCCUGCCAUGCAGACCGUGAUAAAACAGGAGUAUCCACAGAUGACCUGCGAGCAGACUCAACACAAGAGCAUCAUUGCCACCAUGGAGCAACAGCUGAAACAGUAUGAGCUCUCUCCUGUGUUUGAGAGAAAAUCACUGGUCAUGAGGACACCUCCCAAAGUCAAGGUGGAGACCUCGGGUCCGGUAACCAUCCUGUCAACCAAUGCAAACCUUGAUGGGGAAGAUUUUGGUGCUGCAACACAGUCAGAUUCUACCUCAGAACUCACCCCAACAAGGAAAAUGGAACCAAACCUCCACAGCUUUCUGGAAUCCCCCUUGAAACUGUUGGACACUCCAAUCAAAAAACUGUUCGACACCCCUGUUAAAACACAAUAUGAGAUUCCAUCAUGUCACUGCGUUGAACAAAUCAGUGAGAAAGAUGAAGGUCCAUAUUAUACACAUCUAGGAGCUGCUCCAAAUAUUACAGGAAUCAGGGAGCUCAUGGAAAAGAGGUUUGGUCAAUCUGGCAGCUGUAUCAGGAUUGAGAAGGUUGUAUACACAGGGAAGGAGGGGAAGAGCUCUCUAGGGUGUCCCAUUGCCAAAUGGGUGAUCCGUAGGCCCAGCGAGGAAGAGAAGGUUGUGGUGCUUGUGCGAGAGCGGGCUGGCCACACUUGUGAAACGGCUGCCAUCGUGGUGGUCAUCCUUCUCUGGGAGGGCAUCCCCCCCAGCAUGGCUGACCGACUCUACACAGACCUGUCUGACACCCUGCAGCGAUACGGUGCCCUCACCAACCGCAGAUGUGCUUUCAAUGAAGAGAGAACAUGUGCUUGUCAAGGACUGGAUCCAGAUACAUGUGGAGCCUCCUUCUCCUUUGGUUGCUCGUGGAGUAUGUACUAUAAUGGAUGCAAGUUUGCCAGAAGUAAAAUCCCCAGGAAAUUUAGGAUCCUUGGCGAUGACCAUAAAGAGGAAGAAAAAGUAGAGCAACAUCUGCAGAAUUUAGCCACUUUAGUGGCCCCAAAGUACAAGCAAAUGGCACCUGAUGCUUAUGCAAACCAGGUGGAAUAUGAACACAGAGCGCCGGACUGUCGUCUAGGGCUGAAGGAGGGUCGCCCAUUCUCAGGAGUCACAGCUUGUAUGGACUUCUGUGCACAUGCUCACAGAGACCUCCAUAACAUGCCAAGCGGUAGCACUGUGGUAUGCACUCUAACAAGAGACGACAAUCGAGGAAUUGGGAAGAUCCCAGAGGACGAGCAGCUCCAUGUGCUGCCUUUGUACAAAGUCUCUUCCACGGAUGAGUUUGGUAGUGUAGAGGGGCAGCAGGAGAAGAUCAAAUCUGGAGCCAUCCAGGUGCUUAGCACUUUCCGCCGGAAGGUGCGUAUGCUCGACGAGCCGGCAAAGUCCUGCCGUCAGAGGAAACUGGAGGGCAAAAGAGGGGGUGCAAACAAGGACACGCCAAACUCAAAGGCAGAAAAAACCCCUCCAGCAACUCAGAAACAAAGCACUUUGGAGAAACCAGGCCAAAACAUAGAUGUGUCAGGUUCUCAACCAGGCAAACUUCAGAUGGAAGCAGCACAGCUGGGACACCCCCCACACCCUCUCAGUUCUCAAUAUCUGCAACAGCAGCAACUAAGGUCCCCAAAUCCUAGCCCCGGUUCCCCACACCUAUCCCAGCAAAGCUAUCAGAGGUUCCCCAAUGCAGCAAAUCCAUUUUCAAGCACUUCCCAGUCCAGCCUGUGCCCACAAUCACCAGCACCCAUGAGCCCUCACCCCUCCUCAUUACAAGCAAAUGCUUACUUAAAUGGGGCAAGUACUGUAAACUCUUACCAUGGCUCUCUAAACCCAAAUUCUGCAUACCCAGGUUACCAGUGCAAUGGAAGCAUCCCAAGGGACAGCUUCCACCCGUACUAUGCUUCGAGUCAAAAACACAUGGAUGUGUACCCACAUCAGAGACCACAGCUUUGCACAGAGCAGCAGUACCAUCCCCAACAGCACUACAGAUUUGACUAUCCCCCUCGGUACCAUGAGCCUGGUUUACACGUCAACGGCUACAGUAACUCUAACAUGAGACCCAAUGUUCACCCCAUGGGUCCCUACUCAACCUACAGCCCUAACAAUGGGCCAGACAGCCAGCUUCUGGAGACUGUCUCCCGAUCACCCUCAGCUCAUCCAACCAUGGACUAUGCAGCAGUGAGCAAAAGUGGUGAAUACAAUGGAUAUCCAAACCCAUAUGUUUCCCAGAACUCCCAUAUGUACCUUCAGGACAAAGACUGUUUUCGUACUCCAAUCAAACGUGAGUUGAAUUUUCAUGAUGUGAAUGGCAUGGGCCAGGUGCUUCCACCAAUGGGCACCGAAUGCCCGACCCCCAUCCAACCCGGUCAUGGGUUACCAAAUGAGAGUAUCCAGGGAAUCACGAUUAAACAAGAGAGCCAUCCGGAAGCGCAGACUCCUACCAAAAAGGAGGAGGUGUGGUCGGACAACGAGCACAGCUUUCUGGAUCCGGAGAUUGGGGGGGUGGCGGUGGCUCCCAGUCACGGCUCAAUCCUCAUCGAGUGUGCUAAGCGGGAGCUCCACGCCACCACCCCGCUACAGAACCCCGACAGGAACCGCCCCACCCGCAUCUCGCUGGUCUUCUACCAGCACAAGAACUUGAUCGAGGCCAAGCAUGGCCUGGCGUUGUGGGAGGCCAAGAUGGCUGAAAAAAACAGGGAGAAAGAGCUGGACAUAGAGAAGUACGGUGCUGAGGUCACACCUACCAAAAACAAGAAGGUAAAGCGGGAACUUCCAGAGGUCCUGGAGAGUUCAGAGCCCCCGUAUAAGCGCUUUAUUGAGACACUCUCAGCGAAGUCCUCAUCUUGCACCACAAACACCUAUGUCAGUACAUCUCCCUAUGCCUUCACCAAGGUAACAGGGCCUUACAACCAUUAUGUUUAGGUUUGGUGUUCAGGUUUAUAUUAACAAACACACAGGAGCCAAUUUGCAACUACAGGCGCUAUAUUAUGUGAAACCUUAUCACAACCAGUGGACACAAUCUUCAAGAAGCUCUUCCUCAAAGGGAGUGGUAGUCUAACAGCAAAAUAUGAUUCUAUGCAAAGAAUUUUAAGAAAAAGCUAAGAAAUACUGUGGUUGAGUUGUACUGUGGUCGGAAGCUGUACCAUCAGUUACACAUAGACAAUUGAGCUUUACUAACUGGUGUGACAGGCAGUAUUUAUUUAUUUUUUUAUUUUUGUUACUGUUGUGAGAUACACACUGUUCUAAUCUUCUGGUGCUCCAUGUCCUAUACAUCAGGAUGUACAUUACUGGAAACAAAGUUUCAGCUUGGUGGUUUAAUUUUGUAUUAAAUAGAUUUAUCUAAUAUAUAGGUAUUUAGUAGGUGUAAUAUUCUGAAUUCAUGGGUUAUUUAAUUCAUGGUGCUAAAUUGAAGUGUCUUUAAUAUAAAAUUUCAUUUUAAAUGCCUUCAUAUUCUAUGACGUCUCUUUAUAUGUUACUUUUUAAUGCAGAGGUAAUUAUUUAGAAUGGCAUUUUACACACUGCAAAUGUAGAAAUACUAAAGAAAUUAUAUACAUUAACAAACUGUGUUGGGUUUUGUAUUGUGUAGUGCAAGUGCUUUUAUGCACUUUGUGUGAACAUUUUGAUAAGUCAGAUAAAACAGAUGUUUUUUUACAACAUUUCAGAUCCCAUAAAAAAAACAAGAAACAUUCACAUUCAUUUACAGCAUUUUUGAGGCAUCAAUGAUGGGUUAUGUUCUUAAAAUUAAGUUGACUUUAUAAAAAAAAUACAAUGCAGUGAGACUACUGGUUUCAAACAGAAUUUUUCAAUUGUGUGUUUUGGUGCUUCUAAAGAAAACCUAAUAUAGAUAUUUUUAAUGUAAUGAAAUACAGCGCAAAUUAACAAUUGUAAAGGCAGUUAUACUGCAGAGCUGUACUCUAUUAAAAAAAAAUCCUGGCAUGUUUGUACAAUAAUUCUUUCUAUUUGUCAGGGGCAGCAUAAUGUAUGUGAUGGACUAGUAUAAUUAUAAAAGGUUUCACUGCAAGUCCAUAAAAAAAGAAAAUAAAUAAAAAGAAAAUAAAACAAAACAAAAUAAAAUACAAAAAAAAUAGAACUUUUACAUGACGUGAUCACAAAGAGAAUCUCCAUUAGGGAGGGUGACACAAAUGAUAUGUGCUUAGCUGUAUGUUAAUGUAAUGGUUUCCAGGCAGCUGGCUUGUUGUGGCGUUUUUAAAUAGUUGGUAAGAACAAUUAACAAGUAAUUGUACGAGUUAACAAAAGUGAGAUCUGUACAGUAAAUUAAAUUGCAACCGUGACACCUAAUUUUAGUACUGUAAAAAGCAGUUACUUUUCCUAGGGUUUGAGCUGAUUUUAUUUCAAAUGGUGCUACUCUAUUUGCAAACGUGUAAAAUGUGAGAGUCUCUAUGGACAGCGACAAGAUGAAUGGAAGAUGUUCCAGCUUGUUGUUAUACUGUAUACCUCAGAUCUAGUUUGGCAAUAGUACUAUUUUGUAAAGCAUCACCAUCAUUAUAUAAUCAUUAAAAAAAUCAACAAUACAUAACUUCAAAUGAAAUACAUCACUUAUUUUUCAAGCAAUGAAGUAUAACUUGAACGUCACACUUCAGAUUUAUAAUAAAAUCAGGGAUAUGUUAGCUUUUUACACAUUUUAGAAUAUAUUUCUAUAUUUUCUGUGUAUGCCAACAUCACCUCUGUUGAUUUUUGCUGUUUUGUUCAGGGAUUUAGGCUGCUUUGAAUCCCCUUCAUUUCCUGUAUAUACUGUGUUUCAAAUCAAACAAUUUUACAAAAGACAUAAAAUCAUCUGGAUUCUUUUUUUAAAAUACAUGUUAAGCCAAUUGCAUAGUUUUAUGGCUUUGAAUAAAACAUUUGAACACAUAGUAUGCACUGAACUGGCUAAAGGGAAAAGUAAAGCACUGAUAUCAUGGUGCGUGGUUCUUACAAAAAAAAAAAAAUUAAAAACAGGACAGAUAUGAUGCACACUGUGUAUCUGUAUAUAGUAAAAGCAGAGCAUAUUUAUAAUAACCACUAAAUGUUUAUAAUAUGCUUUUUGUUGUUAAAAUUAAUGGGGUGAUGGUUAUGUGUAAUAUAAUAGCAUCCUGUUUACCAUUUGUAUGAUGAAUUUAUUGCAGCACUUCGUUUUUUCACUUUUUUUUAAAGGCACCUGAAGAGAAAUGUAGAAUAUGUGUGUUGACAUUAAUGAUACCACACUGUGUUUGUAUGUGUAUAUGCACAUACAGAAUGACCACACAUUAAUAACACAGAAAUAUAAAUUAUUAUUAUUACGGUUAGGUUUAAAAUUCCUGCAAUUGCCGUGUGUUUUCUAGUUUCAACAGUACCCACAACCCAUGGUUUUAAUCACAAAUAAAAGCGAAAAUAAAAGUUGUAUUUUCCCCCCUGUAUCCUACCUAAUGAUUUUCCCAGGCAGUAGGCCUAGACUAUACUCAAGGAAUGUCCAUUGUUAAAGAAAAUUUAACCACCAUAUGUACCGGUAUAUACAGUGUGUUGUAUGUCACUCCUAAUUCAUGUAGAAAUAAUGUAAGUUUUUUUUUUUUUAUCAUUACCAUUAUUCUUUUAUUUUAUGUUUUACAUUUUUUUGGUAAAAUAUUUGGGGGUUUUGUGCAGUAAUGCAAUGUGAUUUUCAUUGUACUGGGCCCAGCUUCAGUAGCAGGUUGUGACGGAAAAAGGAAGGAUCUUUGGGACAUAGUGGGUGUUCAAGCAUAGCCAUACUUGAAGAUGCUUCAGAGUGGUUUGAGUGCAGUCAACAUUACUUGAAUGACUUUCUGAGCUUGACUUACGCAUGGGAUUGCAUAGCUCUUAUAUUAAGCUAGCAGAAACGUGUUGGCAUUUAGCAGUUAGACACUAAAGGCAUAGCAUUUGUUACUGCGUUUGUCUCUCAUUUCUUUUUUACAGCCUUUGUUCCCAUGAUUUGUGGUGUGCUUCAUAAAUGGGGGAGAACUGCGGAUGGUUAUAAAUUCUGUAUGUAUUGCGAUGUACUGAAUGCAGUUUAUUUGAGAGCUGUUUAUUAUUUCAUUCCUGAUAUUGCUGAGAUGUGGGUGUUUUUAAUAAACUUUAUAUUUAUUUGA